CAGUUCUGUGACGAGGAGGCUGAAACGUGUAUUGUUCUCCAUGCUCGGCAUGCGCGUAGGAAUGACAGUGUGAUGCACUCUAAGCACUGACACGGAGACUGAUGUCUUUGUCCUAAUGCUUGCUUAUAGCAAAAACUUGACUUUGAAAAGGUGCUACAUGAAAAAGGGAAGAGGUGCGAACAUUAUAUGCAACUCGACCCAGGCGAUGUUAACCACUGCUUCAUGAGGUGCCCUUAUAGGUGAAAACUCGAUCACAGCCUGUGAUAACAUCUCUGCCUUCUUUGUUAAAGCGAAGUGGAAAGCAGUUCAGCUUCUUCAACCAAUGGAGGGUAGGUCCGAGUUAUGGCGAGUAUCGCGGGAAAGAGUGAUCAGUAUCCAAUGAGAACUUUAAAUUCAAGAUACGAAAGCACCCGUGUGUGAACUGUACAGAAAGAAGUGGCAUAGUGCGUCGCUACGAGAUUCAUCCCCAGCUUAAGGCUGGAAGGUCAAGCUGGAGAAUCUGCCGCCAUGCGAGUCAUCUUUUUGACUUACAGGAGCAAUUAUCAAGCCUCAAUGUGAAGAAGAACGAUCGUUCUGCUCCCGUCGUUGGCACAAAAUUACCGUAAAGUAGUUGCAACUCAUGUGUAUUAACCUGUCUUCAGAUUAUGAUGUUAGGGCAAAAAAUGCAGUACAUGUGAAUCUAUGUUUAUGUUUUAAGUUUCCAAACGCGAAUUUCAACUGUGAAGUAUGGUGUUAUGCGAAUAAUGUCAGUUAUGGGAACAUAGUGCUUUUGUUCUAAAACAAGCUCUAGACUGAAGAGUGGAGCCCAUUUCGAGUUGGCUUGGGGGUAGGUCUUGAGUAUUAACCAGGGUGUAGAAUUGUAUUGUUUUAAUAGUAAAAAUCUAAUUAUUUAUUUUAUUAUUUUAAUAGUAAAUUCGCUUAACAGUGUCUUGAACAGAGUCUUUUUGAGCUGGAAGCCUUAAAAAGACUGUGAAGGCUUGCGAUGAGCAGUUUACAUUUGCAGUACCGAUAAUGUUUUUCCAAAGUUUCUAUUUCCGUGGUGUUAGUUUGAAAAACUAUUUGAUUCUUUAUGUAGAACAAAACAAAAAAAGACAAAUCAAUGUCAGAAUCUUAAACAGUGUCGAGGUUUGAAGGUCUCGGCGGCACAGCUCUUUUAAGACUUACCUUGAGUGCACCUUCCCCCCCCCCCCUCCCCCCCUUCCCUGGAGCACGUUAUCUGCUCUUAUUUGUGCCUUAUUGCCUCUAGGUAGAGGUAUAAUUUACUUGCCGUAGAAAACGAAGCUACAGCAGCUCUAAACAUGUUCUUCUAGCCUUGUGAUUUCGAUGGCCUUAAACAUUCGACGACUGCUUUGGUCGUUAUCACUCUAUAUGGAACGAUAAUAAUCACGCGUUUUUCCUUCCUAGAUUCAGUUAGCUUUCAGUUUAUAUAAGUUAAUACAUUUUUUAGCAACAACGUCACAAAACGUUUCCAGCGAUAUCUGGUUUUGGAUAUUCUGACUAAUCCUAACAACGUUACACGCACAGAAAAGGUAACAUUUUAAUGAAAAAUCCACUGCCAAUGUGCCGGUUUAUCUGCUACUCUCUGAAGAUUAAAUUUUUUACUUUCUUUAAAAGUUGGCUAGCCACAAUUCUAUAAAAAAAAGACGAUAAAGUGGGCAAAAAACUGCUAAUAUAGAAGAAAGGCAAAAAAAAAAAAGAGAGAGAGCGAUAGACAAAGAUCGAAAUAGAUUCGCAAAUAAAAAGUCCAAAAUUUUAGCUUGUGCGCAUGCGUGAAAAACAAAACAGCUUUUUAAUUAUGCGAUUAGUCGGAAAAUAUGCCUUUGUUUGAUGCAAAAUUCAUUUUUAGCUAUUCUUUUAGCAAUGCUAAUUAGUCGAAAACCAGUCCAAAGAAGAGGAAUUGGUGAAAAAUGCGGUUUUUUCGCUACUCGCCAGCCGUCAGCAAAGGGUUAAAGAAAGUUCCCAAUUUGUUUCAAUUUGGCCUUUUUCCUCAUAAAAAAGUCAAAUUAGCCUGUGUACGGACGUUCCCCCUCCCUCAGGAAAAAUCGGGAGAGGAGACGUCUGUGAAUCGCCGACGAUAAUCGUGUUCCCGUUUCCCCGGAAUGUUGGGGACAGCCCCUGAUUGGUUGUAAAGUUAAUGCCAUGACGCAAAUAAUUUCCGGUGUUGUGAUUGGUGAAUGAACCUCAGAAUAGAUUCCCCGGGGAAAAGCUCAGCCUUUGUGGACAUUCAUAUUUGUUUAACGGUAUUUGUAUUUCGGCUCUAUCGAAAAGGCAUGCGAAGGUAAGACCACCGAUGUUUGCUGCACCGGUUGUGGAUGCAUCUGUCUGUACCGUUCGGUAUUGUAAAUAAAAGAGAAGGCAUACAAAAUCCAACGUUAACAGCCAAGGCCGCGGGUCAAGCUUAACCCAAAAAGAUUCUAUUAAUGAAUUGAUUAUUUGAAAAAAUGAAUCCGUUAGUCGUUGACGUAACUGGUGUCAAAUUUAAAUCGGCAUUCCUGUAUGCGUAAUGAGCAGUGAAUAUUUUAAGAGAACUUCUCUGCAUUUGGUCAGAUUGAAAAUCUUUGAAUGGAUUAAAUGUCUUAGAAGACAUUUACAUCAAAUUCAGGAAAACUGAGCUGGUAGAUAUUUUCUAACUAAAUCGCGUGUGAAUUCACGGCUCAUUACGCAUGCAAAAAUGCACACAGAGAUGAAUCUGAAAUCUACAACCACCAACGGUUCAACUUAAUUUCGAAUAAUAAAUACAUUAAUGGCUUGACUGUAAUCAUCUUCAACAUGAAGAUUUUCGUCUCGCCUGUGCACAGACGCUAGAGCUAUUUUUCGACCUACCUGUGCCUUUUCAACUGUCAGCGAAAGAACAAAAAAAUAAUUAAUGCAAAUUUAUACCGGAACACGAUUAACGACGGCGAUUCACAGACGUCUCCUCUCCCGAUUUUUCCCGAGGGAGUGGGGACGUCUGUACACAGGCUAAGUCGAAUUUGCCCAUUCCAGCACAAAACAGGAUUGUAAUGUGAAAAAGAAGAACUUCCAACGUUUAAUGUUAAUAGCAAUUUUCUUAUUUACUGUGAUUGAGAUAUCAGUUAAAUAGGCUAAUUUUAAAAGCAAAAUGGCGGUCACUGUGACGUCAUAUAUGACGUCAUCAUAUCUUGACUAACCUUAACAACGCUAAAAUAAUAUCUCAGAUACCUGCUAAUUCAAAUUCCUCUGUAGAAAAAUCGUGUGUUUAAAUUAAGAGGGAAUCAAAGGUUUGUUUAUAAAUCCAAGAUGGCGACCAAAAUAAGGGUUUAAGGGGCAAAUUUAAAAUUCGAUUUGCUAAGUGAAAGCUACCGUUCUAUCGUGCAUUUUUGUGAUGCUUUUUACUCAACGAUUUAGAUUAUACAUGUUUUGUUUGUUCCCAUUAAGUGAGCCAUACAACCCACCUCGCUAAUGGACUAUUUGAGCAACUAGUUGGAAUGUACUAAAACAAUUAUUCCUCUCGCCCUCUCAUAGCCUCUGAGUCAAUAGCCCAUUCGGCCUUCGCCCUAUACUAGUGACCAUGUUUUUGAAGACAGUCAUUGAUAUUUUCGUUAUGUAAAAUUGAUUUGAUCAGAUUUGUUCCUGGCCAUGCAAUUGGCACUCUUCUUGGUUACUUCAUAUAUUCUGUCCUGAUUUAUAAUGUUGUAUCAUUUUUUCCACAGGAGAUGGCUCGGGUACUUCUCAGCAAGGACAGUCGAGUUCUUCUGGACAGACACAUAUGGCUGAACAAUCAAGCAUGUUACCAGGUUAGUGGAUCAGCUAAUGGCUGUGAGAUUACGAACGAUUUUUUAAACCCUAGUAAUAGUCAAAUAUAUGAAAAAAGACCUCAAUAUAACGAAACCUAGUUAUAGCGAACAAAUUUUGCCAGUCCCUUGGCCCUUCGUUACAUCGAGCUUCCACUGUAUUUAACAGCUUUUUCUUCGUCAAUGUUGUCCCAUUCUUAUAACCCUGUAGAUUUCUUUAUUGUUUAAUCGUUAUUUGUAUUUUUUGAUUGGUGCACAGCUAAAAAAUGAACGUUAUUUUUAAAUGAAGAGUGAAAAAUUUUCAAGAGCCUUGGUCGAGCAAUUUAAUUUGAUUGAUUAAUUCAUAACUGUGUGUUUGACAUGUUCCACUGAUUAUUUAAUAAUAUCAAUAAUGGAAAUUAGAUAGCCAAGGCUUGCAUGAUAGCAUUGAGAGGAAUAAUAUUAGAAUUAAUUGCAAGAUUUGUUAUUUUACUGGGAUAUAAAUAUUCCCUUUUGUUAUUAGACAAAAAGCAGAUUGGUGAUAAGAAGCGGAAGAAGAUUCCUCACUUCUCAGACUAUUUUUCAGGGGGUGGGGAUGGUCCACCCAGUGUGGGUGGUGCUGGUGGAGGAGGAGGUGGUGUUUUUACUGGGUUUGGAUUGUUUCCAUCCUUUAGCCCUAUGGGGUUAGAGCCCAUUAAUCAAGGUGAGUUUAACAGAAGCUGACAGAAGGUACUUGGCUCUUUCAUUUUGGUCUCUUUAGGGUGGCUCGAUACAGUUUUUCAGGGUCAAUACCUCCCAAGUUUGAGCAUAAACUACGUCUCUAUAAACAAAGAUUUGGAAAAAUUGCCACCACAGUUGUAUUAGGUAAAGAUAAAAAUUUGUUAUGAUGAGGGUUGCAAUGACAUGGGAGUUGUCAUAGCAACGAAAUGGCGCUAUUAGCUAUUUUACUUGCAGCAGUAUUUCUCGGCACUGUGAACUGUUCUGUCAAAAUCGUUCACGGGAGCGUUUUCGUCCAACAGCCGCCUCGAUAUUCGCGAAGUUUAAGGGAAAUCUGUAAGAGCGUUAACGAGAUAUUUGGGAUAAGUUUUUAUGGUUAGAAAUACGGUAAAAAAUGGACAAUCUUGAUGUUGGGCUUUUAUCUGUAGAAAACAAAGCGCUUUUGACAUGCAGUUCCACCUCAUAGUAGUUUUCAGUCUUUUUAAAAACGUGUGUGAAAGAUCAUGGAAAGAUCAUGAAGGAUUUGAUUAGUAUGUGUCCAGGCGCUGUUGUUAGCGGUUUGUAAACAUUUUGGUCUACUUAAACAAACAAGACGCUAUGGGAGCGUACACUUCGGCGCCUUGGUUGUGGAUUAAUUGUGAAUGCGGAGGAAUAGUAAGAAAUGAUAGUUCUCCAGAUACCCUUCCAUACAAAUACCCCUACUUUUCUCCUUUUGUGUAACAGACGUCUUAACUUCUUCACCGGAAGUCUGCUAGGUUCAUGGCUGUGACCCAAUUCGAUUAUAAUUUCUGUCAUAAAUAAUUGCGCACGGCGAGAUCUCAGUUCCUCUUCCUUUAUUUUCAUUACAACAACACUUUCCUUAUGUACAGUUAUCUCCACACCUUCUCCAACAACGUAACUAUAAACUAACAUCAGUACACUCCUUUAGAAAACUUGCUGAAAAUGCACAAUCUCCACACCGAGGAUAAUUCAUGCACAACAUCGCAACAUAAACUAGAAAUACGUAUCUCGCAAUAACCCUAGGGAAACUCGGUGUUUCAGUAGCGCCACUCAAGUUAAGCCCUGUCAGGCAGGGUUAGGAACUAUUUGGGUAACCCACUACGAAUAUCGUCGUGAAGGUCCCUACUUUGCUCUUUGUUUUCUUCUUCUUCUUUUUUGCAUAUUGUGUGGUGUUAUUUUUAAAAGUGUAUUGAAAAGCAUACUUAGCAUUAUUUCGGCCGCUGGAUUUAGAACAACAACAAAAAAAAAACAAACAAAAACGGAAGUACAGUUAGUCUCCAUCGCAGCCGUUUUUAGGCUAAAAACGGCUGCGAAGGAGACUAGUUCGCGUGAAAAUUAUUAUAAGUUUACUUCGGGCCGUAGUACAGAACUGCCAGUGAAACUUUGAUCUAUUAGCGGGGAAUUUAACCGGCAAACUAAUAAAUUUGGGUUUUCCACGGUGUAUCAAGCUAAUUCCAAGCUAGAUUCCAGGGGGAAAAGACAAGGUUUCCACGAUAAAAAGCCAAACUGAAACGUACUUUGGAGAAACAUAUAUGGCUCAACAUAUUAAAGUAAACUCGUCUUCGCAGUGAGACGCACUGAAAAUUGUUCUUGUAUCUCGAUUUUCGCUACUGUGUUUAACCAUAAAAACUUCAUUCCAAAAUAGCUCGUUAACGCUCUUACAGAUUUCGCUUAAAGUUCACGAACAUGGAGGUGGCUAUUGGAGGAAAAAGCUCCCGUGAACGAUUUGGAAGAACAGUUACCAGUGCCGAGAUAUACGGCUGCAAGUAAAAUAGGUAAUAGCGUCAUUUCGUUGCUAUGACAACUCCGAUGCGGUUGCAACCCUAAUCAUGACAAAUUUUCAUCUUUAUCUAAUACAACUGUGGUGGCAAUUUUUCCAAAUCUUUGUUUAUGGCGACGUAGUUUAUGCGGCUCAAACUUGGAAAAUAUUGACCCUGAAAAACUGUAUCGAGCCACCUUAACGAGCAACAAAGAUUCUUUGAAAAAUAAUACAGUCGAACCUCUCUAAUACCGACACCGAAGGGACAGAGCAAAAGGUCCGUAUUAGAGAGGUGUCCGUAUAAAAGAUGUCACUACGAUGACGUCACUUUUAUGACUCCAAUUGCAGUUUUAGGUGUUCAGUAGCUAAAACCAGGCUCACACUUGUCUUUAAACUGCAUUUAAAUUAAUUUAUUAAUUCACAGUAGAAAGACACUGUCUUUAAAGGCCCAUGUUCACCCUAGAUGCAUUGCACGCCCUGUACUCCAGAAAAAACAUUUCGCGUAGUUGAAAAUCGCUGCCUUUAGUGUGUAAAGUCAAUCUUUGUUAAUCUUCCACAGUUCGCUAAAUCUGGUUUAAAAGAAAGUCUCAACAAGUUCUUUUGGUAUUUUCCUUUACAUCUUUUUGGAUAUUUUGGAAUGGUAUCGAGCUUUUUUGUUUCUGUGAGUGUUUGUUUCACUGCAGCACUUUCGAUGGCGGCUCCAUCGAAACGAACGGUUAGAAGCAUGGUUGGAAGACCGCGUCGACGGGGGUCGCCGAAGUACAUUCGCCUCCGUGAAUCCGUUUUCUUUAAUCCCUGGAGAGAUGGGAAAAAAACUCUUGGCUGUAAAUUCUACAGACAGCGUGUUUGCCGAGUUCCUUCUACAUCGAAUGUUCAAUCGUAAACAAAGGUCCCGUUGAAAUCAGUUGAUAGCAAAACAAGCGAGUCAAUCUAACAUGAACAAUGCUUUAUUUAACAGGGGCACCCAACGAGGAUAUAGUUCAAAACCAGUUAACAUAGCAUUGUUGAACGUAUUUUAGUACUUAAACGGUAGAUAUAGGCAUAUUUUUAUCCCCUAAAAACUUUUCAUCUGUUCGGAUUUCCUAGCUGAAAGUCUAGUGAUCCGAAAAUUAUAAGGAUCAAAACUUACCUUCUCGAAAAUUUCAGCCAGGAAAAGGCUCCCGAAAAUUCUAGGUGGCCUUUUUUAGGGUAAAUAUCCGUUUAAAAUGGGUAAUUAUACAAUUUUGUGGUUGUUCGAAAAUCCUAGGAGAGGCAGGCAAGCGAGAAAUUUUACAACAAAUGUUCCGAAAAUUCUAGUUCUCAAAUCGUCUUCCGAACAGAUAUUUUCCCGAAAAUUGCCGUUGGGUGCCCCUGAUUUAAUUUAACCUAUGAAGCGAGUGAUAUCCUUAACGUAAACUUAUCGUCUGGCGUAUCACGAUUAAAGCCGGCUCUAAAGUAGCGAGAACUCUAGCAAACCAAUCCUUAGCAAAACCAAAAGAAAGUGUAAUACAGCGAUUACACCGACAAGACUGUACGCAGUGCCGAUUCGACGCUUUGCAAACGCAACUUCUCGCUUAUUCUUUCGAGAACACAUACCUAAGCUUCCUAAGAAUUAACACAAAAUAAUAGAUUGAGGAAUCAAAACAUUUCACAGUCGAAUCGGGCUUCAGGAAAACCUCACCUGGUGCUUAGACGUUUCGUAAUUUAUGACCUCAUUGUGUUCAUCGGACUCAACAAAGCAUCCAGAAGCAUUCACUACUAGUUUAAAUUUUGAACUACUUUCUGCGGUGACAUUUAACGAAGUCGGCGAUAUAUCUUCCUCCAUUUGGAAAAGAAUUAAAAGUGUUACUGGCCUCUUUGAUACUGUCUCUCUAAGCUUUGAUCAAGCGUGAAAAAAGCUGCAAUAAUUAUUGUAGUCUCCCUCGCAGUCGUUUUUAGUAUCGUCACGCAACGCUCCUCAAAGUGGAAGCCAAUGAAAACACUGCAUUUGACAAAAGAAUCGUUUCAAAACAAAAACACAAGCGCGCAAAGCCGUUUGGGUGAACAUGGGCCUUUAAGUAGCAUAAAAGAUUUUAGUAAAAUCCAACUAGUGGUCUAUUAUCAAUGUUGCGUUCUGAUUGGUUGAGCUACUACCAGGCUAUAUGUGAUAGCCCAGUAGAAGCGAAAAGCGCCGGGUUUGAAAACCAAAACAAUGGCGGCUGAAUCGCGUUCUGCUAGCUAAAGUUGUUUUGUCUCGAUAUUUUUGACCCACUAGUUGGAAUGUACUAAACAAUUAUUCCUCUCGCCCUCUCAUGGCCUGUGAGUCAAUAGCCCAUUCGGCCUUCGCCCUAUACUAGUGACCAUGUUUUUGAAGACUGUCAUUGAUAUUUUCGUUAUGUAAAAUUGAUUUGAUCAGAUUUGUUCCUGGCCAUGCAAUUGGCACUCUUCUUGGUUACUUCAUAUAUUCUGUCCUGAUUUAUAAUGUUGUAUCAUUUUUUCCACAGGAGAUGGCUCGGGUACCUCUCAGCAAGGACAGUCGAGUUCUUCUGGACAGACACAUAUGGCUGAACAAUCAAGCAUGUUAACAGAAUCAGGUUAGUGGAUCAGCUAAUGGCUGUGAGAUUACGAACGAUUUUUUAAACCCUAGUAAUAGUCAAAUAUAUGAAAAAAGACCUCAAUAUAACGAAACCUAGUUAUCGCGAACAAAUUUUGCCAGUCCCUUGGCCCUUCGUUAUAUCGAGCUUCCACUGUAUUUAAAAGCUUUUUCUUCGUCAAUGUUGUCCCAUUCUUAUAACCCUGUAGAUUUCUUUAUUGUUUAAUCGUUAUUUGUAUUGUUUGAUUGUUGCACAGCUAAAAAAUGAACGUUAUUUUUAAAUGAAGAGUGAAAAAUUUUCAAGAGCCUUGGUCGAGCAAUUUAAUUUGAUUGAUUAAUUCAUAACUGUGUGUUUGACAUGUUCCACUGAUUAUUUAACAAUAUCAAUAAUGGAAAUUAGAUAGCCAAGGCUUGCCUGAUAGCAUUGAGAGGAAUAAUAUUAGAAUUAAUUGCAAGAUUUGUUAUUUUACUGGGAUAUAAAUAUUCCCUUUUGUUUUUAGACAAAGAGCAGAUUGGUAUUAAGAAGCGGAAGAAGAUUCCUCACUUCUCAGACUAUUUUCCAGGGGGUGGGAAUGGUCCACCCAGUGUGGGUGGUGCUGGUGGAGGAGGUGUUGCUGGUGUUACUGGGUUUGGAUUGUUUCCAUCCUUUAACCAUAUAGGGUUAGAGUCCAGUAAUCAAGGUGAGUUGAACAGAAGGUACUUGGCUCUUUCAUUUUGGUCUCUUUAGUGUGGCUCGAUACAGUUUUUCAGGGUCAAUACCUCCCAAGUUUGAGCAUAAAUUACGUCUCCAUAAGCAAAGAUUUGGAAAAAUUGCCACCACAGUUGCAUUAGGUAAAGAUGAAAAUUUGUUAUGAUGAGGGUUGCAAUGACAUGGGAGUUGUCAUAGCAACGAAAUGGCGCUAUUAGCUAUUUUACUUGCAGCAGUAUUUCUCGGCACUGUAAACUGUUCUGCCAUAAUCGUUCACGGCAGCUUGUUCCUCCAACAGCCGCCUCGAUGUUCGCGAAGUUUAAGCGAAAUCUGUAAGAGCGUUAACGAGAUAUUUUGGGACAAAGUUUUUAUGGUUAGAAAUACGGUAAAAGAUGGACAAUCUUGAUGUUCGGCUUUUAUCUGUAGAAAACGAAGCGCUUUUGACAUGCAAUUUUACCUCAUAGUAGUUUUCAGUCGUUUUAAAAUCGUGUGUGAAAGAUCAUGGAGAUAGCUUUAGCCGAUUGGUACAAAGACGUAUUUGAUUAGUAUGUGUCCAGGCGCUGUUGUUAGCGGUUUGUAAACAUUUUGGUCUACUUAAACAAACAAGACGCUAUGGGAGCGUACAAUUCGGCGCCUUGGUUGUGGAUUAAUUGUGAAUGCGGAGGAAUAGUAAGAAAUGAUAUUUUUCCAGAUACCCUUCCAUACAAAUACCCCUACUUUUCUCCUUUUGUGUAACAGACGUCUUAACUUCUUCACCGGAAGUCUGCUAGGUUCAUGGCUGUGACCCAAUUCGAUUAUAAUUUCUGUCAUAAAUAAUUGCGCACGGCGAGAUCUCAGUUCCUCUUCCUUUAUUUUCAUUACAACAACACUUUCCUUACGUACAGUUAUCUCCACACCUUCUCCAACAACGUAACUAUAAACUAACAUCAGUACACUCCUUUAGAAAACUUGCUGAAAAUGCACAAUCUCCGCACCGAGGAUAAUUCAUGUACAACAUCGCAACAUAAACUAGAAAUACGUAUCUCGCAAUAACCCUAGGGAAACUCGGUGUUUCAGUAGCGCCACUCAAGUUAAGCCCUGUCAGGCAGGGUUAGGAACUAUUUGGGUAACCCACUACGAAUAUCGUCGUGAAGGUCCCUACUUUGCUCUUUGUUUUCUUCUUCUUCUUUUUUGCAUAUUGUGUGGUGUUAUUUUUUAAAAGUGUAUUAAAAAGCAUACUUGGCAUUAUUUCGGCCGCUGGAUUUAGAAAAAAAAAACAAACACGGAAGUACAGUUAGUCUCCAUCGCGGCCGUUUUUGGGCUCGUCACGCAACCGUUGCGUGACGAGCGUAAAAAUGACUGGGAAGGAGACUUGUUCGCGUGAAAAUUAUUAUAAGCUUACCUCGGGCCGUAGUACAGAACUGAAACUUUGAUCUAUCGGCAGGGAAUUUAACCGGCGAACUAAUAAAUUUGGGUUUUCAACGGUGUAUCACGAAUUCCAAGCUAGAUUCCAGAGGGAAAAGACAAGGUUUCGACGAUAAAAAAGCCAAACUGAAACGCACUUUGGAGAAACAUAUGGCGCGACAUAUUAAUGCAAACUCGUAUGCGCAGUGAGACGCACUGAAAAUUGCUCUUGUGUCUCGAUUUUCGCUACUGUGUUUAACCAUAAAAACUUCAUUCCAAAAUAGCUCGUUAACGCUCUUACAGAUUUCGCUUAAAGUUCACGAACAUGGAGGUGGCUAUUGGAGGAAAAAGCUCCCGUGAACGAUUUGGAAGAACAGUUACCAGUGCCGAGAUAUACGGCUGCAAGUAAAAUAGGUAAUAGCGUCAUUUCGUUGCUAUGACAACUCCGAUGCGGUUGCAACCCUAAUCAUAACAAAUUUUCAUCUUUAUCUAAUACAACUGUGGUGGCAAUUUUUCCAAAUCUUUGUUUAUGGCGACGUAGUUUAUGCGGCUCAAACUUGGAAAAUAUUGACCCUGAAAAACUGUAUCGAGCCACCUUAACGAGCAACAAAGAUUCUUUGAAAAAUAAUACAGUCGAACCUCUCUAAUACCGACACCGAAGGGACAGAGCAAAAGGUCCGUAUUAGAGAGGUGUCCGUAUAAAAGAUGUCACUACGAUGACGUCACUUUUAUGACUCCAAUUGCAGUUUUAGGUGUUCAGUAGCUAAAACCAGGCUCACACUUGUCUUUAAACUGCAUUUAAAUUAAUUUAUUAAUUCACAGUAGAAAGACACUGUCUUUAAGUAGCAUAAAAGAUUUUAGUAAAAUCCAACUAGUGGUCUAUUAUCAAUGUUGCGUUCUGAUUGGUUGAGCUACUACCAGGCUAUAUGUGAUAGCCCAGUAGAAGCGAAAAGCGCCAGGUUUGAAAACCAAAACAAUGGCGGCUGAAUCGCGUUCUGCUAGCUAAAGUUGUUUUGUCUCGAUAUUUUUGACCCACUAGUUGGAAUGUACUAAAACAAUUAUUCCUCUCGCCCUCUCAUGGCCUGUGAGUCAAUAGCCCAUUCGGCCUUCGCCCUAUACUAGUGACCAUGUUUUUGAAGACUGUCAUUGAUAUUUUCGUUAUGUAAAAUUGAUUUGAUCAGAUUUGUUCCUGGCCAUGCAAUUGGCACUCUUCUUGGUUACUUCAUAUAUUCUGUCCUGAUUUAUAAUGUUGUAUCAUUUUUUCCACAGGAGAUGGCUCGGGUACCUCUCAGCAAGGACAGUCGAGUUCUUCUGGACAGACACAUAUGGCUGAACAAUCAAGCAUGUUCCCAGAAUCAGGUUAGUGGAUCAGUUAAUGGCUGUGAGAUUACGAACGAUUUUUUAAACCCUAGUAAUAGUCAAAUAUAUGAAAAAAGACCUCAAUAUAACGAAACCUAGUUAUCGCGAACAAAUUUUGCCAGUCCCUUGGCCCUUCGUUAUAUCGAGCUUCCACUGUAUUUAACAGCUUUUUCUUCGUCAAUGUUGUCCCAUUCUUAUAACCCUGUAGAUUUCUUUAUUGUUUAAUCGUUAUUUGUAUUUUUUGAUUGUUGCACAGCUAAAAAAUGAACGUUAUUUUUAAAUGAAGAGUGAAAAAUUUUCAAGAGCCUUGGU